GCAGUGAAUGCUGAGACAAGUCAAAGAGUAGUUGCUCUCAAAAGACUGCAAUGCUUACUUUUCUUUGUCAUUUGCUUUUUUCUUUUCUUGCCCUCCUUGAUUAUCUAUUAAUUCCACAUAACCAAAAAAGAAGUUUGGUGAUUCCUACUGUUACUAUUGAAAAGGCUACAAGUUCUCUUUCUCCCCGUUGAUUUCGCUCAUCACUCAUUCCUAUACUGUGAUUGUUAACCACAUUAAGCUCUUAUUUUCCUUGUCCACCUUCCGCAAUUGCCGCAGAAAAGAGUUUCGAGGAGGGAGAAAGCUAGAGGGGAGGGGGGUAGUGACUGUGAACUGAGUUCUUGAUUCUUGAAUAUAUAAAAGUAAUAUUUCAAUGGUCUUGAGAAUCUCCAUUGCUGCUUCAGAAUUGAACUUGACCCACGUCAAGAUUCAGUUAAAUGCCGUCUGGGUUGGUCUUGUUUUGUAGUCAAGUGCCACUGUAAUGACAGAGACAGAUUGAAGAUUUGGAGUUAAUGAGUUCAAAAUGGAUGCAAUCUAAUACUAAACAUGUAUAUACGUACAUUGUUUUUUGGAUACAUAUACAUAGCUAGCUCGAGUGGAAGCUGUUGUUUCGUCUGCAAAUGGCUAUAUUGACCUCUUUUUGAUAGUGUAGAAUCAUUUAUAAUUAUAUUGUCCUUCAUGGGUUGUGUGGCCUCGAAACAGACCGUGUCGGUAACCCCUGCAUGUGAUCAAUAUUCAGGGACUCUCAGAGAAAAUGACGACAGUAGGAGCCAUGUCGGCAGUGAUACAUUAGUAUCUGAAUUUGAUAUGACGAAUAAGGUGAAGAAGAGAGGGGAAUUAUCAGGACUAAGUGGAGGCGCGAGCGAGUUAAAUGAGUCGGGCAAGGAAUAUUCUAAUGGUGAUCAAUCAGUGAGUUUGAUGAAGUAUGUGGAAGGAGAGCAAGUUGCUGCAGGUUGGCCUGUAUGGCUUAGUACUGUUGCAGCUGAAGCCAUUCAUGGCUGGUUGCCUCUCAAACCUGAGUCUUUUCAGAAAUUGGAUAAGAUAGGUCAGGGUACAUAUAGCAGCGUAUUCAGAGCACGCGAUCUGGAAAGUGGAAGGACAGUUGCACUGAAGAAAGUGCGAUUUGAUAACUUUGAGCCAGAAAGUGUUAGAUUUAUGGCACGAGAAAUUUUGAUUCUUCGCAGGCUUGACCAUCCCAAUAUAAUGAAGUUAGAGGGGAUAAUUGCCUCCAGAUUAUCUUCUAGCAUAUAUCUUGUGUUUGAGUACAUGGAACAUGAUAUUUCAGGACUCCUGUCCUGUCCUGAAGUCAAGUUCAAUGAAUCACAGGUUAAAUGCUUAAUGAAACAGUUGUUAUCUGGACUUGACCAUUGUCAUUCUCGAGGUAUAAUGCAUCGGGAUAUCAAAGGUGCAAAUCUUCUAGUAAAUAAUGAGGGAAUUCUGAAGGUUGCAGACUUUGGAUUGGCGAACUUCUCUGACCUUGGAACAAAGCAACCACUAACCAGUCGAGUUGUCACUUUAUGGUAUCGUCCUCCAGAACUUCUGUUGGGAGCCACGGAUUAUGCAGCUUCUGUGGAUCUCUGGAGUGUCGGAUGUGUAUUUGCGGAAAUUCUUACUGGUAAACCAAUUCUUCAGGGGAGAACUGAGGUUGAACAGCUGCAUAAAGUAUUUAAACUUUGUGGAUCUCCACCAGAUGAUUACUGGAAGAGAUCUAAACUUCCUCACGCGACUAUAUUUAAACCACAGCAUCCUUAUGAGAGCUGUCUUUGGAACACCUUUAAAGAUUUGCCAAAAAGUGCAGUCUCACUCAUAGAAACUCUUCUUUCUGUGGAGCCACACAAACGUGGAACCGCUUCUUCUGCCCUUGCAUCUGAGUAUUUCAAGACGAAGCCUCAUGCUUGUGAUCCUUCAAGCCUGCCAAAGUACCCACCAAGCAAAGAGAUAGAUGCUAAGCACCUUGAAGAUGCAAAAAGGAAGAAGCCAAGUGGAAGAGCCCGUGCACCUGACCCAACAAGAAAGUUAACUAGAAAGCAGAAUGGCCUCCGUAAACUAGCACCAGAAGAGAAUUUGCCCAUCCAAAAUAAAGGUGCUCAUAUAAGUGACUGCAAUAAUGUAACUACUCAAGAAGAAAGAGAUACAAUAACAAGUCUUGCGCGACCUAAGCCAUCAGUUGAUAUGAUGGUAAAGACUUUCCAUGUCAAGAAUGCAUCUCAAGGUGAUGUCCCCUUUCCAGGUCCACUUCAAAUUUCAGGAUCAAGUGGUUUUGCAUGGGCAAAAAGAAGGUUCGACGAUUCAUCAGUAAGAUCACGAAGGAGAACUAGUUCGAGAAGCCUUAUUUUUGAACAUUCAGUUGCAUUGCAUGUGAAAAAUAACAUGGACCCAAAAGUACAAGGCAACUGUGAACUUAUCAAUGCAAAUCAGACCAAUUCUGUGGGACAUGAUACCGACGAAUCCACCAAGCAUGCAAUUCGUCAACGUUGGAGCCAAUUAGAGCGCCCAGAUUCCUUUGAUGCUUCUGAUGGCUACCAUUCACAAGAACUGUCACUGACACAAUAUCUAAAAGAGGAAACUGCUAUCAAGAGAAUCAAUUUGGUACAGGAUCAAGUGGAUAAAGUCGAAUUUUCCGGACCAUUGCUGUCUCAAACACAAACAGUUGAAGAGCUCCUUGAGAAACAUGAGCGUCAGAUCCGCCAGGCUGUUCGACAAUCAUGGUUCCAAAGAGGAUUAAAAGUUCACCAAAUGUUUGCAACAUAGGAAAUCAAAGAUCAAUUAUCUACCCUGUAAAUUAGUAAGUUAGGAAAAAUAGAAGGUGAUUGCUGCUGCAGCGCUCCCAUUUCACAGGCUAUGGAAAGCAAUCAGCCAUAGGAAUUUUGAUAACCAAAUCGAUACAGAAAUGACUGCAACACUUUGAAAGCUUGUAAGGCUAAAGCUAUCAAAGUCUUUUUCCUUCCACUUGAAUUGAAGAAUGAAGGGAGGAAAUCAAUUGCUGUCUUCUCCUGCUAACUGAUAGGGAAAUCCUUACUCAAGCUCAAGCGAAAAGGCAUGAACUCCAUCUUCAUCUCAAUUCCCUGCAAAGGUGAGUGUCUAAUGACAGCUGAGAACCAGUUCUCUUUAGGAGCUCUGUUGCAAGCUCAUUUUUUGUGUUUUCAACGGCCAAUACACACACACAAACACAUUGUUCCUCAGUACUGCCUCUUAAUAUCUUCUCCAGUCUUUCAUUCUGAGUGUUUUUCUUCAGCAAUGUAUAGUUCCAUUCAAUGGUUGAGACACCCUUUAGUAAGGGGAAUCAUCUGACACCGCUUCUCAAGAAAAGAAAAUUUCCUUAUA